GGUUGUGUGGGAGGUCCCAUUGUUGUGGCGUUUGUCGGUCGGUGAUGGGGUCGGGGGUGGAUGGAGAUCGGACUCACCGGGACCGGGACCGGGGAAAGAGGGAGCGAUCCCGCGACAGGGAGAGGGAGCGUUCCCGCGACAGGGAGAGGGAGCGAUCCCGCGACAGGGAGAGGGAGCGUUCCCGCGACAGGGAGAGGGAGCGAUCCCGCGACAGGGAGAGGGAGCGAUCCCGCGACAGGGAGAGGGAGCGUUCCCGCGACAGGGAGAGGGAGCGUUCCCGCGACAGGGAGAGGGAGCGAUCCCGCGACAGGGAGAGUGAGCGUUCCCGCGACAGGGAGAGGGAGCGUUCCCGCGACAGGGAGAGGGAGCGAUCCCGCGACAGGGAGAGGGAGCGUUCCCGCGACAGGGAGAGGGAGCGUUCCCGCGACAGGGAGAGGGAGCGACCCCGCGACAGGGAGAGGGAGCGUUCCCGCGACAGGGAUCGGAAAGGGGCCCAGCAUCGGAGGGAGAGGAGCAGGAGCGACAGCCGCAGCCCGGGCCGAAGGCGAUCGAGAUGCGAGCGCGGGUCCAGGCCGAGCAGAUCCUGCCGCCGGCGCUCGUCCUCCGGCUCCCACUCUCCACACUCCGACUGCUCGGCCUCUUCCACUUCAUCCUCCUCUUCCUCCAACCAUUCGGGCAUUUCGAGCCAUACCAGCCGCUUGCUGAGCCUCCAGGAGAAGCUGAAGGAGAAGGCGGAGAAGAAGCGGCAGCGAGAACUGGCCAAGGCCAUGGAGACCCCCGAGGAGAAGCGAGCCCGCCGGCUAGCCAGAAAGGAGGCCAAAGAGAGAAAGAAGAGGGAGAAGAUGGGCUGGAGCGAGGAGUACAUGGGUUACACGAACGCUGACAAUCCCUUUGGAGAUAACAACCUGCUUGGGACCUUCAUCUGGCAAAAGGCACUGGAGAAAAAAGGCAUCAGUCAUCUCACUGAAAAAGAUUUGAAGGACAGAAACAAGAGGAUUCAAGAGGACAAUCGUUUGGAACUGCAGAAGGUGAAGCAGCUUCGUCUGGAACGGGAGCGGGAGAAAAGUCUGCGGGAACAGGAGUUGGAGAUGUUGCAGCGGGAAAAAGAAGCAGAACACUUCAAGACCUGGGCAGAGCAAGAAGAUUAUUUCCACUUACAGCAAGCCAAACUGAGAUCAAAGAUCCGUAUUAUGGGAGGCCGAGCAAAGCCGAUAGACCUUCUGGCUAAAUACAUCAGUGCAGAAGAUGAUGAUCUAGCUGUAGAAAUGCAUGAACCAUACACAUUCCUAAAUGGGCUGACUGCCUCGGACUUGGAAGACCUCCUUGAGGAUAUCAGAGUUUACAUGGAGCUGGAGCAAGGCAAGAACGCUGACUUCUGGAGAGAUAUGACGACUAUUACUGAGGAUGAAAUCAGUAAUCUGAAAAAACUGGAAGCUUCAGGAAAAGGUCCAGGAGAGAGACGAGAAGGAAUCAACACUUCGGUGAGCACUGAUGUUCAGUCGGUAUUCAAAGGCAAAACCUACAACCAGCUUCAAGCACUUUUUCAAAACAUCGAAGCAAAAAUCAAAACUGGUGGUUCAAAUCUGGACAUCGGCUACUGGGAAACUUUACUACAGCAACUCAAGGCAUAUAUGGCCAGGGCCAGAUUGCGUGAAAGACAUCAGGAUGUGUUGCGACAGAAGCUGUACAAACUGAAGCAGGAGCAAGGGGUGGAAAGUGAGCCCUUGUUUCCUAUUCUAAAGAGUGAGCCGCAGUCUCCCAAGGACAAUAGAGAUCACAGCAACCUUUCCUCAUCCGACCAUUCUAGUGCAGAGAACUCUCCUCUCAGGCCAGAAAAUGAAGCCAAAGAAGUAACGGGCACUUCCGAAGCAAAUGCAGAAGAGGAGAAUGCGGAGGGUGAAGCUGAGGGAGAAGCAGUUCUGACUGAGGAGGACCUGAUACAACAGAGCUUGGAUGACUAUGAUGCUGGCAAAUACAGUCCCAGGUUACUGAGCACACAUGAGCUGCCAAUGGACACUCACAUCGUGGAUGCUGAUGAGGACCUGCAAAAGCUGUUGAUGGCAAGGCAGCAGUUACAAGUGACUGGUGAUGCCAGUGAGAGUGCUGAAGACGCGUUUGUACGCAAAGCCAAGGAGGGGAUGGGAACCGACGAGGCCCAGUUCAGCGUGGAAAUGCCCUUGACGGGCAAAGUCUAUCUGUGGGCUGACAAAUACCGACCCAGGAAGCCACGGUUCUUCAAUCGCGUCCACACUGGCUUUGAAUGGAACAAAUACAACCAAACCCACUAUGAUUUCGACAACCCUCCUCCCAAGAUCGUGCAGGGCUACAAAUUCAACAUCUUUUACCCAGACCUUAUCGACAAGAGGGCAACACCUCAGUAUUUCCUUGAGCCGUGUGCAGACAACAAAGAUUUUGCCAUUCUUCGCUUCCAUGCCGGUCCUCCCUAUGAAGACAUUGCCUUUAAAAUCGUGAACCGGGAAUGGGAGUACUCUCACCGGCAUGGUUUCAGAUGCCAGUUUGCCAAUGGAAUAUUUCAGCUAUGGUUCCAUUUUAAAAGGUAUCGCUACAGAAGGUAGAAACACCCUGAGGUGAAACUAGAUGACUGAUUAUCAUUUUCAAGUUACUUUCCUUUGUGAAACUUCCAGCCAGUAAUUUGUGCUGAACAGGAUUUUGAAAGAGAUGCAGCCAGCAGGGCAGUAAAGGAUAUUUUCAGUGAUUAUUGCAACAAAACUUAAUUGAACCAUAACAAACUUGCACAGCUGAAAGAACUGAAACCUUAAGGUAUCAUUUCCUUUAUGUUACAUUGUUAGUUUGAUUUCUUUAUACUCUUAAUGUAAUACUGAUCACUUAAUUGUUCAUUCUAUGAGGAACUGUGACUAAACUGAGUCAUGCAGAAGUUGUAACUGGGAGAUAAAAAGGUCUUUAUUCGAUACAGUAUAAUAGAGAGAAUCUCGUUCUCCUCAUCUUGCAUAUUUUAUGCUUUUUGAUCUCAGAUAAUAAACAAUUAACAAUUAA